AUGGACACGCUUCACGCAAAGGCCGAGUGGGAGCGUGUUGGCGAGCGCUGGUUCCGCAAGACGCAGCAGUACACGUCCGUGUUUGACGAGAGCCUGGACUUGGACACGUACAUUGUCGCCGGCGCCCCCUACGCUGGUGCUCUUGCCCUCUGGCCGGACGAGAACAAGCUGCAGGCCCACCGGCCCGGCAAGUCGUCCAAGCCGGCCAUCGACGUGUACAGCCUCGCCGGGCAGAAGCUCCGCAGCAUUGCGUGGGACAAUGGCGCCAUCCGCGGCCUCGGCUGGUCCGACGCCGAGACGCUGCUCGUCGUCGCGGCCGAUGGCCAUGUCCGCUGCUACGACCUGCAGGGCGACUUUAGCCACUUUUCCCUCGGCCACGGCGCCGACAACUAUGGCGUUGAAUCCUGCCGCUUCUACAACAGCGGCAUGGUGGCCCUGCUCGGCAACAGCACCCUCGUCACAGUCGCUUCUUACGCGGAGCCCCGCCCCAAGCUCCUCGCCACGCCGCCGAGCGGCGACAUCAGCGCCUGGGCCAUUGUGCCCCCGGCGUACACGCUGUCGCGCUCUGUAGAGGUCCUGCUGAGCAUCGAGUCUACUGUGUACGUCCUCGACGCCGCAGACUGCGAGGAUCGCCUCCCCGAGUUUGGCUCGCUGAGCCACAUUAGCGUCUCGCCCGACGGCCGCUUCGUCACGUUGUAUGCCAACGACGGCAAGGCACACGUUACGUCAAGUGACCUCCAGGAUCUCGAGUUUGUCCAUGAAUCUGACUCCAAGACACCGCCGCAAUAUGUCGAGUGGUGUGGCUCUGACGCCAUCAUUGCUUGGGAGGACGAGGUCCAUAUUAUAGGGCCCGAUGACCAGUCGGCUUCAUAUAUAUACGAUAGCACACGAGUUCAUGUCAUCUCUGAACCCGAUGGCGCACGCUUAAUAACGAAUGACUUUUGUGAAUUUCUUCAGAGAGUACCAGACGCCACCAUCCAGGCCUUUGGCGCAGCGACAGAGUCAUCGCCGGCUUCGAUUUUGCUAGACGCCGUCGGCCAGCUGGAGCUGGAGUCCCCAAAAGCGGACGACUAUAUCCAGCUCAUCAGACCAAACUUGACAGAGGCAGUAGACACCUGUGUAAAUGCUGCCGGGCGCGAGCUUGACACCAACUGGCAGAAGCGCCUUCUCAAGGCCGCUUCGUUCGGCAAGUCGGUACUCGAUAUAUACAACAGCGAUGACUUUGUGGACAUGUGCACAACCCUGCGCGUGCUAAACGCCGUACGCUUCUACAAAAUUGGACUGCCCAUUUCUUUUGAGCAAUACCAGCAACUGACGCCCGAGCGUCUCAUCCAACGCCUAUUAACACGACACGAGUACCAGCUAGCGCUCAAAAUUGCGUCCUAUUUGAAGCUGCCUUCUGAUACUAUAUACACCCACUGGGCGUCAUCCAAGGUCCGCAUCGGCACAGAAGAUGACGAUAGUGUGUGCAGGCUGGUUGUGGAACGCCUAUCAGGCAAGGCUGGCAUCUCUUUUGAGGAGAUAGCCCGUGCAGCGCACCACGAAGGCCGCAGCAGGCUGGCUACGGAGCUUUUAAACCACGAACCCCGAGGCGGUAAGCAGGUGCCGCUUCUGCUCGACAUGGAAGAGGAUGAGCUGGCACUGGACAAGGCUGUUGAGAGUGGUGAUACAGACUUGAUCUUAUUCGUCCUGCAGCAUUUGAAAAAGAAGACGGCGCCGUCGCAGUUCUUCCGCAUCAUCAACUCGCGGCCUGUAGCGACCGCACUCGUCGAGUCGUCAGCAGUGCAAAAGGGCGACAACGCCAUGCUGAAGGACCUAUACUACCAGGACGACCGUCGUGUCGACGGUGCCAAUGUUUUUAUCCAGGAGUCGCUCCACCAAUCCGAUGUACGAACGACGGUAGACAAGCUGGCCCUUGCCGGGAAGCUAAUCUCCGACGCCAAGGAGGCUGCUGUGGAAGCGCAUGCCAUCAAAGAAGCGACAGCGCUGCUGCGCAUGCAGGAAGCGCUGGACCGCGACUUGGCGGAAAAGUUCUACGGAUUGAGCGUCAACGAGACGAUGGCAAAGCUCAUCCAGCUCGGCUACAACGGACGGGCCAAGAAGAUCCAGAGCGAGUUCCGCGUGCCCGACAAGGUGGCGUGGUGGAUCCGUCUGAAGGCGCUCAUCGCGAAGCGCGAGUGGAACGAGAUUGAGGAUAUUGCCAAGGCCAAGAAGAGCCCCAUUGGAUGGAAGAUCGAAAACAAGCCCUUUUACAAGCUCACCCUCCAGGCGGGCAACCCGCGGCUGGCGUCGCAGUUCGUGUCCAAGUGCACGGGCUUGGAGCCGGGCGAGAGCAGCGAGAUGUACGAGGCGUGCGGGAUGCGCGUCAAGGCGGCGGAGGAGGCGGUGCGGCUCAAGGACGCCGAGUCGUGGCAGCGCCUGCUGGAGCUGGCGGGCCGGGGCACCCAGGAGGGGCGGGAGAUUGAGCGUCUGGGAAGCGCCGUUUUUAAAUAA